AUGAUGCAGAUAAUGCCGAUACUGGUGGCAGACGAGAGUGCAUUGAAGGCUGGACCGGAGGGAGAGCUGCGUGCUUUGCAGGUCAAGGCGUUCCGGCUGUUUGCCGUGUUCUACAAGGCGUUUCUGGGGGUUGACAGGCACACACACACGAAAAUUGCGAUUGCCCGGCAGCAUGCGAUAGCGUUGGUGGCGUUGCUACCGAAGGCAUUCAAAUCGCAGGCAUCCCACUGGAAGCUCCCAAAGAUACACAUGAUAAAACAUUUGCUGGACAACGUAAAGGAGCGUGGGAUGCCGCACCACUAUUCAACCGAAAUGUGGGAGCGCACGCACAAGGGCACGGUGAAGGGUCCAGUAAGAGGGAGCAAUUGGAGCGACAUACCUCGACGAAUCGUGGAGGAGGAGGUGCAGCGCGAGGUGUACCGCGAGGUGGCGGCGGACGCUGGGGGUGGGCGACAGUACGCGUCCGCCUUGCGUGAGGCAAUCAAGACGAAGAUACCGGUGCUCACGAAGAAGUACCGGACAAUGCGGAUUGGCGGAGCGUCGGAUCCGGUGUACGAUGAGUACAUAACCGCGCUGGGAGACGAUAUGAAGGGUUUGGCUGUUGAGUUUAAGGCGUUGGGUCUGGCAACCAACAGCGUGCAGGUCCACACGGCGGUGACCAUUCCGCGCACAAGAGGCGGCGAGCUGGUGGCCAAAGGGACAUUUGUGAAGGCGUCGCCCCGAGAGAGGUGGUAUUUGGACGUGGCGCUGCUCAAUGACAAGGAUGGGGACUGGUAUGCAAAAUGUCUGUGCAUCUUCAGGGCGGUUGACCGUGAUGGGGAUUGGAAGGGGUACGCAUAUGUGAGGUACUAUGAGAAGGCUGGGAGGUGCAACCUCACGGGAUGUACGCAGCUGCACAAGACAGUGGAGGAUGUGAGCCGUGAUCGCAACACCAUCAUUCUCACCAUUCACAAGGCGCAUCGCAUCACCGGCGAGGUGGCGCCGCCAGUCACGGAGCACGGCUUCAGUGUGCAGCACCUCACCAACACACGAAUCGUCAACAUUCGUGGAUCGGUUCCGGAGACGGGCCUGCCGCACCUGCAGGGAGUGGGUGACGCGCUGAAGGCGUAUUACCGCGUUAUGCUGAUGAGGCGUGCGAUAGGGUCCAAGCGGUUCCAAUUCGACUAUUCGGCUUCCAUCGCGGAUGUCGACUAUAACGACAUGCUCGAGUGGCUGGGAGAAUCGUGGACUCGUGUGCGCGCGGCAACCAUGCAGCGGAGCUGGUGGCGCGCAGGAUGCGUGCCGGCGAGCUGGCCGCCCCUGAUGGCGUACCUGGGUGACACGUGCGCAACCGGCAUGUUUGAGCCUAUUAUCUCGGUAUGCGUCGAUUUGCAGAUGCUUAUCGAGAAGUUCAAGGUGAGGCAUGCGUGCUACAUGACGGCCGCAGAGUUUAUCAACUGCGACGCGGGACUAUGCGUGGAGGAGGGGUUCAGAGCCACACCUGCUGACAGCGCGUCCGAUGAGUCGUCGGGCGAGAUGAGCCUGCCAGACGGCCCACUCCUGCGGGACGCGCGCAGCAGGAGGCGCGUGAUACGCAACGUCACCCGCGCGUACGUGGAGCGUGCCGAUGAGCUCGGCAUCCCCCCGGCGGCUGUGCCUGCAGAGGUCGGAGCAUCGAACCAGGAGGUGAUUUCCCGCCUGUGCAGGACGCCUGUCAAGAGGGCACGCGCGGGGGGGCGAGCUGAGGACGGGACAGCCGAAGAAGUGCUGCAGAGUGAUGAAGUGCUGGAGAGUGAUGACGACCAGUGA